UUAAAUACAAAUUUCGUUAUAAUAUACGUUCCUACCAGGAAUCGAACCCAAUACUAACUCAAGACAUCAAUUUUAAUUAUAAAUUUUGCGUUAAUAGCUUUAAAAUUACGGUUUUCAAUAAGGUAAUCUUAAUAAUAUACCACCCACGCACCGGUAUCGAUUUCUUAUAUGCGGGCUUACUAGUAAGGUGUUAAAAUAUGUGUAUUAACUAUUUCUAUAGCACAGGCCUAUAAUGAAAUUUUGUAAAAGUCUAAGAUAGUAUACAACCACCUGUGUUUAUCCAUCGAUUGGUCAGAGUGUGGCUUACCGGCCGAUCAUUAACCCAGUUGGGAUUCACGUCGCGAGCCGAGGGCACGCCAGCGGCGCUCGCCGGCAAUUCACCAUGCAACUGCCUGAAAUACCCCCGCCUCCCCUCGCACCUCUGUGGGACCGAAUAUUGCGAGCCCGCGCUCUACCGCCGGAUCUCGACGUCCAACUCCUUUACAUCGCCAUCAAGGAUCGACUCACUCACCCGGAAUGGGAAGUAAGGCUUCACGCAUUAAGAGUGCUCGCUGAUCUUCUACCUCUCUCAGGCAAUGCACUUUCAUUCCCUUUCGACCAAGUUAUAGACAAUCUGGGACAUACGUCGCCGAACGUUAGAAAAGCUGCAUUGGAUGCGCUUAGGGUUUUUUGCACCCACUGCGAAGAACCAGAAUGUGCGGCACGUGCAAUACUAGAUAAGUGUUCCUAUAACAAUAUUCGACCUCAAUCCGCAGAUUUAAGUUUUAAAAUAAACGUUGUGACUGGUUUAGUUUUAUCUAUUCCAACACUUUUUGGAAUUUUAAAACGAAGACAUAGAGACCUCGACAUAUUUCCGGUAAUUGAAAAUUUGGGUGAGAAAUUGUUCGAUUCUGUGCAUAAGGACGCUGCUUUACGAUCUUUAAUGAAACUGCGUCGCGUGUGUGGACCACGUGACUACGCCCUGUGCUUUUCAAGGCUGGACCCAAGAGUUCAAGAUAAAUUUCGCUACUUGUGUGAAAUGUACGACGAAGACUCAAUGGACGUCUAUUACGGACCAAGGCGGUCUCGUAACCAAAAUGUGAUACAUAUUAAUAGAAUUUUAAAUAAUCCAGCAACAAUACCCAUCCAUUUCUCUACUGAUUCUUCAUCAGACGAAUCAUAUAGAGUACCGUUGCACAAUAAUAAUUACGCUAAAGUGAUAAUAGAGACAGAAAUUAAAUUCGAUUCGGACACAGCAAUUACAAUGACAGUCUUAGAACAAAAUGAAACCGAAUCUGACAAAAAUGCUGCAAGUGAUGAUGAAUGUUCUAGUGAAGAUCGUUUGUUCUUAAAGUACAGUGAGGAGGAAUCUGAAGAAGAUGCAGAUGUUAUAGUGAAAAAAGUGCGUUUCGGUGGAGAAAGUGUAAAAAUACGGACGCCGGACAGUGAUAAUUUGUUAAAUAGUGAGGAUGAUUCAAACCAAAAUAAUUCUCGAAGUAUAUUAGAAAAACUAAAUGAGGAAGUAAGUUUACCAGAUAGACCAUCCAUAUUAGAUAAGGCAAAGGAAAUAAAACGAGCUGUUGAAAAAGAAACUCUUGCACCUCAUAAAAAAAGUGGAAUACCGCUACCAGUAAUCCAAAAACAAAGAAAAAGUUUGGCUAAUGUGAGCAGAAAUGAUAAUAGAAUAAAAUCAAAGUCUUUGAGUGAGCUGUAUGAUUACUUUAACGGUAAUAAAAAGAAAACAUUAGAAACGAAAUCGAAAGAAAGAACAGGUUUUGCCCUCACCCUUUCUGAAGUGAAAUCUCCUGAGACGGUUUCCAGUCCUGUGGAAUCACAUCGAGAAGUUGAGGUAUUACAUAACUUACAACGGAGUCCCACCGUGUCCCCGAGAAGACCACAAACACGCGUCACCGUUGAUACUGAUAGAUUCGUACUGGAUUUGAUCGCAUCUUCUCCUCCAGAAUCACUGCUUAUCUCUCCUCGGCCAUCAUCCCCCUUACAAUUACACUAUGAUUGGGAGGCCUUAGGUGUAGUACCAAAAUACAUUUCAGAGCAGUUGCAUAAUACGGAAAACUGGAUAUCAGCUGUAAAGGCAGCGGAUCAGCUCCACGGCGCAUUAUUGGAAUCAGAUAACGUCGCUUUGCUGGAGACCGCUGCCCUAUCUCUUGUGCAACACAUGUGGGCCCUUAGUGAUGCGAUACCAGCAACAAGAGCACCAGCAGAGGGAGUUGUGUGCUCAAUGGUUCGUAAUGCAAACGCAGAUUGCAUAAGGCAGCUGUUGCCAGACCUGUUGCGCAGACUUUCAAGGGAACCAGCACCCACUGCCUUACCCCAUGCACUAUUGCUGAGGAUUGCAUUACAUCAUUUGGUUGAAUUAGUUUUCGACCAAAAUAUCAUCACGGAGACAGAUUUAAAUAAGCUAGAAGCCGCCCGCCUUCAAGCCACCAUGUGCCUGGCUAAGGCGGCGGGACCAGCUGCUGUUUUAGCUGCUGUUAGGCGUUGUUUAGGUGUCUCAUCCGAUGCUGACAUGUUUUGUUACAAAUUACGUGACAAAAUCAACAAACCGCUGGAAAACAUGCCAAUCCAUGUUUCGAGGACGUCUCAGCUACCUGUACCGACCCGUCGUCGUCGAGCAAUGUCUACUCCAGCCCCAGCUCCUAGGCCUAGAAGACUGAAACCCUUACCAGACUCUGCACCAUCGCUGGGUAUCUCUUCUCCUGGAAGAAGAUUAGAAGUUAGACCAAUAAAUACACAACAAGAUACAAGCGCUAGUACAAAUUCACCGGAAACGAUAAUAACACCAGUAAAAGAAAAGGACAAAACCGACGACACUUCGACUUUAGAGAAAAUUGAAAAUGAACCAGAAAUAACAUCACAAGCUCCCAGCACACCAUCAAUACAUGUCGAGGAUUUUUCUGAAAAGAGUCAGUCGUCGCUAACUCUAAACGCGUCAAAUAUAUCUGAACAAAAAGAAAAUGAGUUGCAUCAGUCAGAUGAAGCUAUUUCGCAAAAAUCUGAAUCAAUAUCUAACAAAUCAGAAUCAGUGGACCAAAUUGAUUGUCGGCCCAAAAGUGAAAAGUCUAUCUUCGAGCGCCGAAAAAGCGGCGUUUCCACAUCAUCGAUACGAAGCAUAUCUCUCGAGGAGGUCCCGCAGAGACAUGAACGGGAUGUUCGCACUGCACUGGCCGAGACAAUAAUACCAGCUCGGCAUGAAGAUUGGGAAGCUAUAGUUAGCGCACUAACUGAAAUCGAAAGGCUCGCGAAGGAUGAAACGGCUCGGGCCCCGGCAGCAAGCUGGAGAUCUGUUGUCCGAACGGCUUCCACUCAUGUAAGAUCAUUACGAUCAAGAGUAGCUCGUGCUGCGUGUUCCACUUUAGGAACUUUGUUUGAGCUACGAGGAAAAAUCUUAGAGUCAGAUGUCGAAGAAGCCGCUGGGGCGUUAUUAGAAAGAUGUGCGGAUGCCAAUAGAUUUUUACGUGCAGAAGCCGCAAAUGCACUUGGACGAGUAGCGUGUAGCGUAGGCUGUGCAAGGGCUGGGGUGGCUUUAGCCAGAAAAGGAGCUACACAUCGCGCGGGACCAGUAAGAGCCGCUGCAGCACAAGCUUUAACACGUUUAACAAGGCAUACAGGACCAUCGAAAAUUCUAGAACUUCCAUCUGAGCCACGUACCGUCAUCCUGAGAGCUGCUGGUGAUCUCCUUGGUGAUGCUCACCCUGAAACCAGGCUUCACGCCCGACAUCUAUGUAUUUUAUUGUCAGAAGACCCGCGUUUCCAUCAAAUGCUCAAAGACUCGAUGACACUUAGCCGGUAUCGUGCAAUUGAAAAAUAUGUGGAAAAAUUACGAUGUCGAUAGACACACGAAAUAAGGUAGUUUAUACUAACCUACCAAAUCCCACUGCCGUUCAUUACUGUUGUUUAGAACUUAGAUUUUUUUAACUCUAUACAACUUUAAUUUUUUGAAUAAAAUAUUUUGAAAAGAAACUUAAUGUACUUAUAAUAAAUGUAAAUAAAAAUUCAAUGUUUAGAUAAUAAACUUUACCUAAAUAAUAUAUGUAAUUGACUAUUUAUUUUUAUAUCUUUAUUAUUCUAUUUAAUGACUAGAUAGUAGAUCGUAUCCAGUAGGCACCGAAACGUUUGUGCUUCGAAUUCAGGGUCAAAUUUAGCUGGAAACCUAGAGCGCUGCACUAGGCACUUUUGUAUUAUGUACCUAUAAAUUUUACCAAUCAUUUACCAAUCGUAAACCACUAGAUUUUUAGUAAAGCAAACCACCCUAACUUUUGACAAUGUAAAAAAGACAGUAAGUAUGUCAUUCGCAUUUUAAAAAAUUAAAUUUUUAAAUACCAGAUUUUACCUUUUCUAUUAAAAUUUCUGAGAUGUAAUCAUAACAUUUAAAAAAAAACCUACAAAUGGCUUAUCGGCCAGAAUUGUCGACAGCAUCGCUUAUAAAAUUAACGUCUUUUUUAUGCU